AUGGGCUUCCCAGAGGCUUAUGUGAGAUGGGUGGAAGGGUUGCACCACGGGGCGGCCACCGGCAUCUGCAACGAUGGCUGGCUUGGAGAGGAGGUGCCGGUGCAGACUGGGCUGGACGAGGCGGAGAGGCUGCUGAAGGAUUUCGAGCAUCAGUCUGGGCUGGCGGUGAACUGGGACAAAUCAGUGGUACUACCGCUUGGGAAGCAGCGUGAUCUGCCGCCGCCGACGGUUAGGUUGUCCAAGUGGGCGUCGCGGGAUGACCCUGAGCGCCUGCUGGGGGUUUGGAUCACGCCAGGUGGGGAUGCAAGGCCAUCGUGGAAGAAGGCACUGAGAAGAAUAGAGGCGGAGCUGAAAAAAUGGGAGGCGAAAUACCUCACCACGACGGUGCGAGUGACAGUGGUCAAAUCAUACGUCACGCCCAUAGCGAUGUUUCAGGCACCAGUAUACCCGCCCCCGGACGCGGCCUGGGAGGAGCUGAGGAGGUUAUGCCAUGCGUUUGUCUUCGGAGGGAGAGCGAGCGGGGAGCCGGGUUUCAUCCUCUGGAGCGGGGAUCUGAUGCAGUUGAAGAGGGUGGAUGGCGGCUUGGGGGUGAUAAACCUCAAAGAUCGCCUAGACGCGGAGGCGCUCCAUGCACUGGCGCUCCUGCUCACGGAAGAAGUGCCGCAGAGGCGAGUGCUGGCGGAAAAUGCGGCGAAUCUCCCGCUGGGGUAUGCGUCAUUCAUCGCGCAUGAGUCCCUGUUGAAGGCGUGGGGCUCGGGGAGCGAGCGCUGGAAGGCGAUUGCUGCUGCGGUGAUGGCCUCGCCGUUCGCCAGGAAUCUGCCAACCGAUAACAGAUGGGACACGGAGAAGGAGAGAGUACUUUUUAACACGCACAUCAUAGCUUAA